AUGGAGGACAACAGCGACACCUCCCUCCCCAUCUCUAAGCUCGUCGUGGCUCGCGCCACAGCUUCAACCAUGGGUUCUGGCAUCGACCAGCCCAAAAACUUCAUCACUCCUCGCGCCGCACUCACCACCUCCUCAGCAACCUCCCACAAGGCGCGCACCGUCGUCACUUCCACCAGCGUCUUUGUCACCAUCGAGACAGAGACCAUCACUUUCCACCAGGACGGCUCCGUCACUCACUCUUCUUCGCCGGUGCCGACCACCCUCGUCACCACCCCAACCACCACCACCAACACCGCUGCCUCUCCUACGCCCGAGGAGACAACUGGCUCCGCGGCUUCCAACGGCGGCACGCAAGGCCCAAAGUCAGGGGUCAUUGCCGGCGCACUGGGCGGCACAAUCUUUGGUCUCUUGCUGAUUGCCAUUCUGGCCUUCUGUCUCUUCCGCCGCCGCCGCCUUGAACGCCAGGCAAGAUUCUACUCCGCGCCGACCCGCUUCCCCGCCCACCGGGGCACCAACUUUAUCCGUGGCAGCGACGGGCGGGUUAACCGUCCCGAGAACAUACCGCUCGCCUCUCUCGGGAAAUCCAAGCAAACCAGGGGUGAACAGGACGAGACAGCAGACGGCACGGGUGGAGACGAAAGGGCUCCUGGUCAGAUGCGCAUCGAAGUCGUGCCGGCGGCUGAGGGGGAUAGGGGCCCGAGGCUGAGGACUGUUCGUGUUGCUCCUGCGUCCGCGUCUACUCCUGCCCCGCAUCAAGGGCGAGUUUUGGUGCCGGUGUCCUCGCCCUUGUCUUCGCCCGUGCCAGCUUCAUACCCGCUCCUCGCUCUGCCGGUCCCUGCUCGCCCUCUUCGCAACGUGAGCUCGUCUGUUUACUCCAAGCCGUCGCAGGAGGAUGUGGCGUCCAAGUUCUCCGAGGAUUCGCAUGAGGCUGUCAACAAUGGCAACAGCAGCGGCAAUACCGUCUGGCCUGCUCCCCUUUUUGCUGCAGCUCCUGCUCAAGCUACCCCUGCCACCGCCGCUGGCGCUCCCGGCCCCUCGUCAUCAACUACGACUCCCCACCCGGAGUUCCAGGACAGAGGCGGUCCAAGCCAGAAGCCCGCCUACGUCGAACCGCCCUCUCAGAGCCGCUGGUCGCCUAGCACCCCUACCUCGGACGGGAGCGAUGAGGGAUUGACUGCUCGGCUUGGUCAGCAGGUUGCGCAAGUCGGCGAGAAGCUGGCUGACAAGUGGAAGGAGACGAAGGAGAAGGGUUGGAAGGGUUUGAUGCUUGGUGGCAGCGACGCAGGCUUGAAGGAGGAGAAGAGGCCAAGCAAGGAGGAGAAGGGUAAGGGCAAGGCCGAGAGGGCAGAGAUUGUGGUUGAUCCGGUUAGCAGGGGGGCUCCGGGCUGGAUUUGA